AAAGAGAAAAAAUAAAAACCCAAACACAACUUAUAAUAAAGCUUUAUAAAGAAUAUGAAUAGCUUCGCCAUUUCCCUCAAAAUUCCUCCAUUACUUUCACUUUCUCCGCCUCCAUCUGCUAAGCUUCUAAAUCCCAAUUUCUCCCCUUUUUUCCUCCAUACCCACAGGUAUUCUCAGAGCAACAUCUAGGAGAUUUUUUGGUGCAGUAGGAGUAUCUUUAAGGACAAUAUCAACCAUGGAAAAUGAUAAAGAAAUUAUUGGGAGUCAAAAGCAGCAAAUAGCAAAGCUAUUUGAGGAAUCACUUAGAGCAGCAUUCCCUGAUAUUCCAGAUGUACAGCCUUUGGUUGCUAUUUGCAAUGAUCCAAAACAUGGUGACUAUCAAUGCAAUAAUGCAAUGAGCUUGUGGAAUAAAAUUAAAGGCAAAGGUACACAGUACAAGGGUCCUCAGCCUGUUGGAAAGGCAAUUAUAGAAAAUCUUCCUGCAUCGGAAAUGAUAGAGAAUUGCUCUAUAGCAGGACCCGGUUUUGUUAAUAUUGUAUUAGCAAGGCAAUGGAUAGCAAAGAGUCUUCAAAAGAUGCUAAUAGAUGGCAUUGAGAUAUGGGCACCCAAGCUUCCUGUUAAAAGGACUGUUGUUGACUUCUCAUCACCCAACAUAGCAAAAGAGAUGCAUGUGGGUCAUUUACGAUCUACUAUAAUUGGAGACACUCUGGCCCGUAUGUUGGAGUUUUCCAAUGUUGAUGUUCUUCGGAGAAACCAUGUGGGUGACUGGGGCACACAGUUCGGAAUGUUAAUUGAGUUUCUUUAUGAAAAAUUUCCCAAUUGGGAAGCUGGUAGUGCUCCAGCAAUUGGAGAUCUGGAGGUAUUCUAUAAGGCUUCAAAACAAAGAUUUGACAAUGAUGCUGAAUUCAAGGAAAGGGCGCAAAAGGCAGUCGUUAGUCUUCAGGGUGGGGAUGAGAAGUAUAGGAUGGCAUGGGCACAAAUAUGUGAAAUCAGCCGAAAAGAAUUUCAGAAGGUUUAUGAGAGACUUGGGGUUCACUUGGAGGAAAAGGGUGAAAGCUUUUAUAAUCCGUAUAUUCCCAAAGCUUUAGAGAUGCUUAAUGAGAAGGGAUUAAUUGAAGAAAGUGAAGGAGCCCGUGUCAUCUUUAUUGAAGGGAAGAAAAUACCUCUUAUUGUUGUGAAGAGGGAUGGUGGUUUCAACUAUGCUUCAACCGAUCUUACCGCUCUAUGGUAUCGACUGAAUGAAGAAAAAGUAGACUGGAUGAUAUAUGUGACUGAUGUUGGACAGCGAGAGCACUUUGAGAUGGUCUUUUCUGCUGCAAAACGUGCGGGCUGGCUUCCUCCAAAUGAGAAUGAUUACCCCAAAGCCAGUCAUGUAGGAUUUGGUCUAGUUUUAGGGGAAGAUGGGAAGCGGUUCCGAACUCGAAGUACGGAGGUGGUUAAGCUGGUUGAUUUGCUUGAUGAUGCCAAGAAGCGGUGUAAAGCAGCACUUGAAGAAAGAGGUAAGACUAAAGAUUGGACAGCUGAGGAACUAGAGCAAACUGCUGAAGCAGUAGGAUAUGGUGCUGUUAAAUACGCUGACCUGAAGAAUAACAGGUUGACCAAUUACACCUUCAAUUUUGAUCAGAUGCUUAGUGAUAAGGGAAAUACCGCUGUUUAUUUGCUCUAUGCACAUGCUCGUAUUUGUUCAAUCAUCAGGAAGUCUGGUAAAGAUAUAGAGGAGUUAAAAAAGAGUGCGGCAAUAGAUUUGGCUCAUCCAGAUGAACGUAUGCUAGGCCUCCAUUUGCUCCAGUUUGCUGAAAUUGUUGAAGACGCUUGUACCAAUCUUUCGCCACACUUGGUGUGUGAAUAUCUUUACAAUAUAUCUGAAGACUUCACUAAAUUCUAUACCAACUGUCAGGUCGUUGGCUCGGCCGAGGAAACAAGCAGACUCUUGCUAUGUGAGGCAACAGCAGUUGUCAUGAGAAAGUGUUUCCAUCUGCUGGGAAUCACUCCUGUUUACAAAAUUUAACCUCAAUAUGAGUUUUUUUUU